AUGCGAAUUGAAACCACUGACAACACCGAAACAACAAAAGCCUGGAAUUGGAAUCUUCGCAAGCACCGAAAUGACCAAAAUGACGAAAGCCUGGAAUUGGAAUCUUCACAAUCACCGAAACGGCAAAGCCCAGAAUCUCUACAAACGACAAAACUGAAACGACGAAAGCCUGGAAUUGGAAUCUUCACAAGCACCGAAAUAGUGAAAGCCCGGAAUCUCUACAAACGACGAAAGUUUAAGCUUACUACAGAUACUGAAAUGCGAAUUGAAACUACUGACAACACUGAAACAACAAAGCUUAAACCUACCACCAACACUGAAAUAGCCAAAAUGACGAAAGCCUGGAAUUGGAAUCUUCACAAGUACCGAAAUGGCCGAAACGACGAAAGCCUGAAAUUGGAAUCUUCACAAUCACUGAAAUGGCGAAAGCCUAGAAUCUCUACAAACGACGAAAGUUUAAACUUACUACUGAUACUGAAAUGUGAAUUGAAACCACUGACAAUACCAAAACAACAAAGCUUAAACCUACUAUCAACACCAAAAUAG